AUGACUUCUCCUAUAUUGUUCUUAGUGAUUUGUUUUUCAUUAGUUUUCAAUGGGUUAUGUAGGACAUCCUUCCCUAGCAAACAAGAAUCGAAGAUUAUCAAGACAAAAUAUGGUGUUUAUGAUUGUGUAGACUUUUACAAACAACCGGCGUUUAAUCAUCCAUUGUUAAAACACCAUACAUCCAAGGUAUUGCCAAAAAAGAUAGAAGAAUUUCAAAGACAGAAAGUUAAUGGCUUUGGACUUAAAGAUGGCUGUCCUAUAGGGACCGUUCCCAUUUUAAGAACCAACCCAAAUUCCCAUUGGGGCGAGGAUCCACCACCUCCUGAACCCAAACUAGUUGCUGGAGUUCAGACGAGUGAAGAUUCAAGUAGGAAUUUCCUUGGAGUUAGUGGUACACUCCUUAUAUAUAAACCUACUGUAAAUGAUUUUGGCCAAUAUUCUUCUGCGCGAAUAAAACUUUUAAAUGGGAAAGAUAGCGUAGAAGCUGGAUACUUGGUAAAUCCGAAAGUAUUUAACGAUUUUGAAGCACAUUUGUAUGUGAGUUUUGAGGUUGGAGGGUCUAAAUUAGGAUCCGUAAAUCUUCAAUGCUUUGGAUUUGUUCAAGUCGAUAAAGACGUACCUUUGGGUUUUCCCCCAACACAUUACUCAGUUAUUGGAGGACAACAAUGGUCUUGGGAUUUAUCGAUUCAGAAGGAUAUAAUUGACAAAAAUUGGUGGGUAUUCAUAGCAUCAGCACCAAUUGGAUAUUGGCCUAACGAAAUAUUUGAUACAUUAGUCGAUGGUGCAAACCAAGUUGAAUGGGGAGGCGAGGUUUAUGAUUUUGGAUUGAAGAACCCUCCUAGUCCCCUACCCGAGAUGGGCAGUGGCGUGAAAGGAAGCUAUCAAUCGUCUGCUGCGGCAAUUUAUCAUGCUACAUAUCUCGAUGAUAACUAUAUUAAUAGGACAAAUCCUGAACGUACUAAUACAAUUGCGAAUUGUGAUCCAGAUUACGUUGUUGUAGAUAACGGCUAUAUUAAUGAUGCUUUUGGUAGGGUGAUACAUUUUGGAGGGGUUCGUGAUGAAAAUUAA